GGGUCACAUUGUCCACAACUGGAAGGCACGAUGGUUCAUCCUUCGGCAGAACACGCUGGUGUACUACAAGCUUGAAGGGGGUCGGAAGGUGACCCCUCCCAAGGGCCGAAUCCUCCUGGAUGGCUGCACCAUCACCUGCCCCUGCCUGGAGUAUGACAACCGACCCCUCCUCAUUAAGUUGAAGACACGAACAUCCACGGAGUACUUCCUGGAGGCAUGUUCCCGAGAGGAGAGGGACGCCUGGGCCUUCGAGAUAACAGGGGCCAUCCAUGCAGGGCAGCCAGGGAAAGUCCAGCAACUCCACACACUGAAAAACUCCUUUAAGCUGCCCCCUCACAUCAGCCUGCAUCGCAUUGUGGACAAGAUGCAUGACAGCAGCAACGGAAUCCGUUCAAGCCCCAACAUGGAGCAGGGAAGCACCUACAAAAAGACCUUCCUAGGCUCCUCCCUGGUGGACUGGCUCAUUUCCAACAGCUUUGCUGCCAGCCGUCUGGAGGCGGUGACCCUGGCCUCCAUGCUCAUGGAGGAGAACUUCCUCAGGCCGGUGGGUGUCCGAAGCAUGGAUGCCGUUCGCUCUGGGGACCUGGCCGAGCAGUUCCUGGAUGACUCCACGGCCCUGUACACUUUUGCUGAGAGCUACAAGAAGAAGACAAGCUCCAAGGAAGAAGUCAGCCUGGGCAUGGUGGAGCUGAGCGGCAUGGUGGUCAAACAAGGCUACCUGGUCAAGCAGGGGCACAAGAGGAAAAACUGGAAGGUGCGCCGCUUCGUUCUGAGGAAGGACCCAGCUUUCCUGCAUUAUUAUGACCCUUCCAAGGAGGAGAACAGGCCAGCGGGUGGGUUUUCUCUCCGUGGCUCUCUGGUGUCUGCUCUGGAAGAUAAUGGCGUUCCCAUGGGGGUGAAAGGAAAUGUCCAGGGAAAUCUCUUCAAAGUGAUCACUAAGGAUGACACACACUACUACAUCCAGGCCAGCAGCAAGGCUGAGCGGGUGGAGUGGAUUGAAGCCAUCAAAAAGCUAACAUGACAGGACCUACAGGAACUGGACCAAGAUUUCUCACUCCACCAGAUACUGCAGAUAGAAUUUUCUGGAGAAUGGGGAUGCGUUAAGACUUAACUCUUUUUUUUUUUUUUUU